AUGGAGCCUCUGCGUCAAGCCCCUCUCAUCCUCCUCCUGCAACCAGCCUGCACGUGCAGGUCCCAGGGCAACGGUGGUGGACCCGCUGGGUUCCGCCUGGCCACGCCCCUGGUCCCCACCCCAGGCCCCGCCUUCCCGCUUGGCCACGCCCCGGGUCCCCGCCGCAGGCCAUGCCCAGUCCCGGCUGACCUUGCGCCCCGUCUCCGCGACCCGCAUGGGGGGAACGCGCAGUUCCCCUGCAGCGGCGUUCACUCUGCCCAGAGUGGUAAACUGCCCGCCGUUUCCCAGGUCAGACCCCGCGUGUCUCAGCCUGUGGGUGGGGGGCCUGCGGCCCGGCCAAGCCGCCUCACCGCUGCAGUGACCCAUCGUCCCUCCCGAGGGCCCAAGGCCGCUGUCUCCCGGUGUCUCGGGGCCCUGCCUGCCCAUCACCAGCGCUCAGGGAACGAGAUGGAGAGACUUCCAGAUCUGAGGGACGGGCAGGCCCGGACGAGCUGGGGAGGAGGAGGGAGGUUCCCGUGUCACCAACCCAAGGCCGGGCGCAAGGGCCCCGCGCGGGCUGCGCAGACUGAGCUCCGUGAGGCUGGCGGCGCGAGUGAGCCGCGUGUGACUGGGCGUCACCCUGGAGGCAGUUCUUCAGGGGAGUCGAGGAGGUAA